AUGACGAGAGCAUCUCUGCCGGUAUCUGUCAUCACCUCCAGCAAAUCUCCGUUACAAGCUGCCGGAGGAACGAAGUCUUUUUGGUUCGAGGGUGAUGGUUUCGUUCACGACGUGGAUUGUUUCGUUAAAACCAUCGCCACAAUCAAAGCCAACGGCGCUCGUCCCGGCCACAUUGGCUCCAUUAUCGCUCAUUAUGCUUCCACGCGGCUCCCUGACCUCUCCGGCGUCAUUUUGGAAAAUCAGCAGCAGUAUUCGCAUAGCGUAACUGCGUGCGUGAUGAAAAAACGUUUCUUGGUCGAAACCCUAAUCGGAAUCCUUCCGCCGGAGAAAGACUCCGUUUCAUGUAACUUCCUCCUCCGUCUACUCAGAACCGCCAAUAUUGUCGGAGCAGAUACGGACUACAAGGCCGACCUCGAAGUGAGGAUAUCAUGGCAGCUAGAAGAAGCUUCCCUCACAGAGCUAAUGAUACCUUCUUUCAGUCACACUUGUGCUGCGUUGCUCGACGUAGAGCUAGUGACUCGAGUGGUGAAGAACUUUGCAAGAAUAUACAAUGAAGGAAUCAAAAGCGGUACUUCUCUCAUUAAAGUGGCGAAGCUCGUAGACUCUUACCUCGCGGAAGCUGCCGCAGACCUCAAUUUAAGCCUCAUAGAGUUUAUUACCCUCACGGAUGCUCUCCCUAGACAUUCUCGUGUAACAGAAGAUGGCUUAUACCUCGCUUUGGACACUUAUCUCAAGGCACAUCCUGAUGUGACAAAGCAAGAGAGGAGGAGACUUUGUGGGCUAAUAGGCAUCAAGAAGUUAUCAAUGGGGGCGUCUCUUCACGCUGCAGAAAAUCCUCGCUUACCAGUGAGAACUAUUAUUCAUAUUUUGUUCACUGAACAGACAAAGUUGAGUCAUGGCCCCCACAACAACAGCAUUGACUGUAAUGUCUCAUCAUUAUGUCGAAACCCUUCGGGUUCACACUUCUCAGAGCCUGCUCCUAGUUGGUGCGUGUCGAAAUUCGACAUGAAUGUUCAACAAGCGGAGAUUAGCAGAUUGAGAGCAGGCAUAGGUAAGUUACACAACGAGUGUGAAGCUAUGCGAAGGCAGUUAAAGAAAGAGAAGAAAGGUGGUAGGAGUAGUACUGGUAAUACUUGUGGGAGUAAGUGGUAUUUUAGGUGGAAGAUGCUUAGAUUUAGUAAGUGUUUUAGCACUAACGAUGUGGAAAAGAAGAAUGGCGGUGAGGUUGGAGAUAACAAAGAAGGAGAAGAAGAGUUUGCGUUGGAGGAUCUGACUACUGUCCUUGGUGAUGCAAUCGCAAGUUCAGGACAAGUCGAUAACAGGGAAGACCCGACCGCGCUGAUCAUACCAGAUCAGCAAAUAAAGAGGAACCGGGAAGGGAAGAGACUAAAAAAGGAAAUGAACCAGUUAAUGAAGCAGUUGGUCGAGGGUGAUAGAAAGAUCAAUACCACAUCAUCCUCAGCUCAAAAGAUCGUGGACGAGGCUACACACCACCAACACCAAAACUUACCAAACCCUGAUAAGUUUGGACUCUUAACCAAAACUACUAGGAUCAACAAUCACAUUCAUGUACCAGACGACUCUGAUCUUUGCACUUUAAAAUAUGGAGGUUCCAACCAACCCAUCAACGCACGUUACUGUUGUUCAACACCAUCAUUGUUCAAAGAAGUCUGA